UUUCCAUGGCGUCGUCUCUCCUCGAAUCCGGAUGGCUGUAAGGUCUAGGAGCAUGCUAGUCUUCUGGCAAAUAUUAAGAAAUUUUAUACGAACUGAAGGGACUUCAUGACUAAGAGAUACACCAGUCUGAUAUCCUAGGAUUGCCUGCAGCAUGCAGAUGAACUUGUUUUCCACAACCCAUCACCCACACGGGCCUCCCAACUGUGAGACACGACAAUGCCGAGCACAUAUAUAGGUGUGCCAACAAGCAAACUGCUUCACAAUGACCUAUGAAGUAGUCGUCUUACUUGGAUCAAGUUAUAUCAUUAUCUAAUCACCAAUUUCAGUGAAUUUCAAUUGGCCACUGUAGGCACUUUCAUAAUUCAUGAAAGUGUCUUUUUCUUGUCUGGACUUCCAUCUAUUUAUUUUGAGAGGUCAGGCCUUUUCAGCAAAUACAAGAUUCAGAAGAAAAAUAACACUCUAGAUGCGCAGGAGAAAUGCAUUUUGCGACUAAUCCUGUACCAUGUCUGUGUGAACUUACCAGUUAUGAUCCUUUCCUAUCCCACUUUCAGAUACAUGGGCCUGAAAAGCAGUCUUCCAUUGCCACCCUGGAGUGUUGUCCUCUCUCAGAUACUCUUCUACUUCAUCCUGGAGGAUUUUGUGUUCUACUGGGGGCACAGGUUACUGCAUACAAAAUGGCUGUACAAGCAUGUUCACAGUGUUCAUCAUGAAUAUGCGACACCAUUUGGAUUUACUUCUGAGUACGCCCAUCCUGCUGAAAUUUUAUUCCUUGGCUUUGCUACCAUUAUUGGUCCUGCUCUCACUGGUCCUCACCUAUUUACCCUCUGGUUAUGGAUGGUAUUGAGAGUCUUAGAGACAGUUGAAGCUCAUAGUGGGUAUCACUUCCCAUGGAGCCCCUCAAAGUUCUUACCAUUGUAUGGAGGUGCGGAAUUUCAUGACUACCACCAUCGUGUGCUUUAUACCAAGUCUGGGAACUACUCAUCGACUUUCAUCUACAUGGACUGGUUAUUCGGUACAGAUAAAGGCUAUCGAAAGCUGAAGUCCCUUGAGGAGGAAGGCAAACAAUUAUAAGUUGCAUGAGGUAUGCAUGUCCUUCCUAGCCUCUGCACUGGCCCUGAGAGAAUCUGCAGAUGCUUGUAACUGUCUUCUAGCACAUUUGAAUGGCACAAGGAUGAGCACAAAAUUGUAAGGUGGAAAGCAAAACCCUCAUGGAGAUUAUGCUGUAACUGUUCAUAUGCUGUUACCACCUUAAGGAAUGGAAGCUUCUGAUGGAAUUGAUGAAGGAAUGUAGCAACUCUUUUUUAUAAGUGAUGUUUUUUUUUUGAAGGAAAAUUUUUGUCGGUGAUGUUAUCUGAGUUGUUUCUUGGUUUGCUUGAGAACCUGAGCAAAUAUUGCUGUUCCUGAAGCAGCAUUAGAUAACUGAUAUUUCAAAAAUCUUGCUUAUUCUAAACUGCUUAGAAAUAACUGUGAAAAUGCUGGUCAGCAUUCGUA